AUUAUCUAUGAUACUGUUUGAUUUUAUUGUAGGAUGAGCUCAUGAUAAAAAAUUGUUCUUUCGUUAAUAUGUUAUCUAUGGUCUUGUUUUGUUGGUGUGAUUAAGUGAUUGGCAGUUUCCUAGAAUCACUGUGGUAGUGUUGGGGCUGUUAAUUUGGUGCUGUAAUGAUGGAUGUAGAAAUGUGGUGCAGGAACCAUUAUCAUUCUUGUUGGGUAAUUUGCGUUUUGCUGUUGCCAGUUGGCAUUCUGCAACAAGAGAUUAUUAGCACCUUCACUGAAAUUUUUAGGAAAUUUUAAGUUAUCUUUUAGAACAUCUAAUGUGUUUGCAUAAUGGCAGUUUUCCUAAAAUUUUAUCAUUUUUAAAUGUUUUUACUACUAUUUGCAUAGUGAACCUUUCGCUCUUCUUCCAGCAAUCUGUUGGCUAAUAUGUUGUUCUGUCUCUGUGUGUGUGUGUGUGGCUGCUCUCUAUUAUUUAAACUGUGUAUAAGCUGCCAUGAAAAUCUUUUGCUUCAGCCUCUUUAAUCAUCAUACUAAUCAGAUCUGUAGCCAUUUUAUUUCUUUCAUGUUAUUUUCUUGUUAAAGGAUUUUGUGGGCUUUUCUGGUGAGUUCCUUGAUGUUUCUAGAAGCUUAAGGCCUCAAGAAACCAUUUUUUUUACUAUUUUAUGAUAUAUUUUCUUCAAUAUUUUAGUUCUUUUUAUUGGUGCAUUUUUUAUUUUGGUUUUAUGUUUUCUCCAGAUUUACUUGUAUACUUCAUUUUUUUUUUCUUUUUGCCCAAUGAUGUAGAACUAGAAUUGUGUAAGCAGUUCUGGUUUAGAUUCAUCUAUAGCUUUUGCAAAUCACUGCCACUCUCUCUCUCUCUCUCUCUCUCUCUCUGACUCAGUCUCUAUCUCUCUCUCUCACUCUCUCUCUUUCUGGCAUAUGUAUAGAUGUAUGUAUAUAUAUAUAUAUAUAUUAGUGGUUUGCUAAAGGCUAUUGAUGAAUACUAUUGCAAUGAAUCAUUUGUGAUUUAGUCAAAUCUCUAAGAUCUGAGGGCAUCAUAAAUGACUGUUUUAGGGUGUGCAAAUGCAAAGUCAUGGACGUGGUCAUUUUUCUUUCUUCUUGUUUGCAACAGCUCCUGCUUGUGUAAUUUGAUCUAAUUUGCAAGGAUGUGACUUGCAGUUUUUCCCUCAAGUAUUAUAUUUCAGUAGCCUCUGCCUUAGCACUUGAAAAUUUUUGU